CGAUAUACUCCUUGACAAGUUUAUAUAUAGACUCCAUUUUCAUUCUAGCUAGCUUAGCAAGUUAGUUAGCUCACAUUUCUCCUAGCUAACUAAUUCAAUGGAAGUAGCCAACAAAGACAAGAACGCCGCCGCCGCAUCCACGGCGGAAAUGUUCGAAGCACAAGCUCACAUCUACAAACACACCUUCAACUACGCAAACUCCAUGGCCCUGUCCUCCGCUCUCCGCCUCAACAUUCCCGACAUCAUCCACGCCGCCGCCGGAAAACCCGUCACCCUCCCCCACCUCGCUUCCGCCCUCCACCUCCCUCCCGCCAAACACGACCACCUCCGCCGCCUCAUGCGCCUCCUCACCCACAACGGCUUCUUCCGUUACCGUUCCACUACCGACGACCGAGAAGAAGAAGAAAAAGGGUACGUUCUCACGGCGUCUUCGAGACUAUUGGUAAAGGGCCAAGUCCCAAAUCUUUCGCCUUUCGUCCGGGUCCACACAGAACCGGACUUAAUGACGCCGUUCCAGUUCUUGGGCGACUGGUUUUCUGGAAACGCCGGCGAGGAGGUGACGCCGUUUGAGAUGGCCCACGGCGGGGUUCCGCUGUGGAAGCUCUGCGGCGAGGAUCCCCGCCUCAACAACGCCUUCAACGAGGCCAUGUUGUGCAACUCCGAGAUGCAGGGGUUGGGCCUCGGCGACUGUGGGCCGGUGUUUGAAGGCCUGGCGACGGUGACGGACGUCGGAGGGGGCACCGGGAUGUUCGCCAAGCUUGUGGUGGAGGCGUUUCCCGGCUUGGAGUGCACCGUGUUUGAUCUCCCUCACGUCGUCGCCGGCCUCCAGCCGCCGUCGGAUAAUCUGCGGUUUGUCGGAGGGGACAUGUUUGACUCUAUCCCAUCUUCUGAUGCCAUUAUUUUGAAGCAUAUUAUGCAUAAUUGGAGUGAUGAGAAUUGUCUCAAGAUACUAAAGAAAUGCAAAGAAGCAAUAACAUCAAAUAAUGGAGUAAUUAAAGGGAAGGUGAUUAUCAUCGACAUUGUUAUGGACGAAAAAGGGAAAGAAGACGGCGGCGCGAUAACAGAAAUGAAGUUUAUGUUCGAUGUGUUGAUGAUGGUUUAUCUUAAUGCCAGGGAAAGAACUGAGAAGGAAUGGGAAAGAAUGUUUAUUGAAGCUGGGUUUAGUGGUUAUCAUAUAAGCCAUGUUUUUGGCAUUUGGUCCCUCAUUGAGAUGUGUGGGAAGACAAGGUUGGAUAGAAUUUCGAACGAAGUCAUCCCAUGUCAGGUAGGCAUGGCACCAGUGGAAGAUAAGUUGCGGAAAGCGAGGUUGAGAUGGUUUGGCCAUGUGAGACGGCGAGAUGCUGACGCUCCUGUACGGAGAUGCGAGAGGAUUACGGUUAUUGGGGGAAGUAGGGGAAGGGGUAGACCUAUGAAGAAUUGGAAGGAGGUGAUUAGGCAGUAUUUAGGACUUCUCGACCUGACUGAGGAUAUGGCCUUAGAUAGGAACCUUUGGAAAACUAGGAUUAGAGUAGCUGGAUAGGAGUUCGGUGUUGUAGAGGUGGAGCCGGGGGUCUCUUGGAAACAGCCUCCCUACUUCCGAGUAGGGGCAAGGUCUGCGUACACACCCUCCCCAGACCCUACUGUUGUGGGA